AUGGCAGCUCGUCAAGUCGAAAAGAAGCUGGUAGUGGCCGCAGCUAAGAACGGCCUGGCCAUCCCUUGCGACUCAGACGCCACCGCGUUCCUACUGGCACAUCCUCGAGGCGCUUAUACCGCUGCUCGCACAGUACAACAGACAAAAAUCUUUGACUAUGAAGCACAUAUCUGUCGACUUGGUCUGUUUUCUGUGGAGUCGACGAUCGCUAUGCAGACGGAGAAGCAGCUACUGGUCCCAAGUGCCGUGGAGAAGGAGUUGAGACCGAGGACCGAGGAAACGAUGAACGCAGCCAUGCAGGCGUUCAAGAGCCUCUAUGAAGUGGACAAAGACCAAGAGUACAAGAUCAAUGUGUUGGUGUGUCCUACUAAUGGAGACACAAUGAGUGGACAAAUUUUGGCUGAUAAAGAUGUUUUCUGUCAUGUGGGACUCCUUCCACCACUACGCUCGGAGAUGGUGAAGCUGGAGGUAGCCGGUCUUCCCCGAUGCAAUGCCGCAGCCAAAGACUCGGCGUGGGUGAAAGAGCGGAAAGCAAUUUAUGACAGAAUGGCACCCGAUGUAGAGGAGGUGAUUCUGAUGGACCCAGCGACGCGGCAUCUGCUAGAAGGUUCGCAGACGAAUUUCUAUGCGAUUCAAGACGGGGCAGUGGUCACAGCUGAGGAGGGGAUUCUAAAGGGUACGGUGAGGUCCCUCGUGCUAGAAAUUUGUGCGGAAAAUGGGAUCCCAGUGGAGCUUAAGCCUCCGACGGUGGAUGACGUUGAAAAGUGGCAAGGCUGCUUCAUCUCGAGCACGUCCAGAUUGGUUUUGGGAGCCAAAUCGUUGGAAUAUGAACAUCCGGAUACCAAGAAAACGUGCACGAGAACUUUUACACCACAUUCGAUUUUGAACCAAAUCACGACUGCAAUUCAAAAUUCAGUGGCGAUGAAAAGCACGGAAGUGUUCACGUGUUGA